AUGAGCGCCGACGAGUCUGGGAACGCGACACCUGUCGCCGCUAUCAAUGGUGAACCUCGUCCUGAAACAAACCUAUCCGCGACCCCAGGAAAAAGAAAGCGUUCGGUGCAGGACGAAAAGGUGGGACCUGAGUCCAGCUCUUCGGCGCCGCAUGAGAAAACGAAUCUUCACGAGAAUCUACGGAAUCUCGUCCAACUUCUAGUCAAGCAUGACUCCAACAAUCUCAAGCUCCUUUCCUGCCCAUUUCCAACAUCAACUACCAAGCCCCGGGCGAAGCGCGCAAAGGUUUCAAGCGAUCACGAGACGUCGAAUGUGCAGAGCAGAGUCGAAUCGGGACGUUACAAUACCCUGCAGGAGUUCCUGGCCGAUAUUGAACGAGCGUCUUCUGCUGUGAUUGAGCGCAACCAGAACCAGUCAAAUGGCAGUACCAACCCCGAUGGCACACCUUUGAAUGAGGUUGUGAAUCGCAUUGCGGCCUUCAAGAAACAUAUGAAUAGCUUGAUCGGACAGUCAUUCGUCAAUCAGCCCGAUGUCAAGGCCGAAUCCCCGGAUGACGAUUCAGACGACCAGAUUCUGUCCACAGUGGCUCACGUCGGUGCUCGUGAAGACAAGCAAGCUCUGACUAUCUUUGGGAAUGCUUCGACCCCCGCACAUCCCAAACAGCUGUUCUCGAGUUUGCAAAAAUCUGUGAAGAUGCCGCUGCCGUCGUCUGAUGUGGACGAGGAGAAGUUUGUCGAGGUUCAAGGAGAACUUCGCGAGGGCGGUUUGCCCAACGGGAUCUCCACCACUAAAGUGGUUCCUUAUAACCUGGACUCGGCUUCGCAGCCGCGAAAGAGAACGUUUGGCGAGGUCUUCGCCCCUCGCACAGGCUUACCCCAGCUAGAACGUCCCCGGAGACGGAGCAAUCGCAGCACCUCGGUUUCGUGGAUCGAUCCUUUCGAUGCCAUGUUUAACCCCAGGUCGCUCUAUGACGAACGCAGCAGCUAUGCUCUCGCGCCACUUCCUUCGGGCCAUUGGUUGCGAUACGGUGGUGUCACAUCAUCGCCAUCGUUCUGGGCUCGUGCCGACAAGCAAAAUCCCGGUGGAUACUCCGGCCCAAAGGGCGGAGAUCCGGCAAUUUUGACAGACGAUGAGUCGUCACUGUUGCAGGGUGUGUAUUCGUCUUUUGCGCCGUCUUACGACAGCUCCGAGUCCGUCGUCCAACAUGAUGCGAAGAACAUGGUCUGGUGGGAGAAGCGUGGCUCCAAACGUUUGCGUGCCUUGCUCUCCCUCCAAAAUGAGGACGAAGAAGUCACAACAGCACAGCCUGGAAGUAUUGGUGACCUUGAUGAAAGCGCACUUGAAGAAAUGGUCAAGUCAUUCAAUCCGGAAGACUUCGCCGUCAAUCUUUCCGAGCAGAAUGAAUCUAGCAAUGUCGACCCAGAAUCCAGAGAGGUUGAAGAACUGCUCGCCGAAAUCUCCGACCUGUUGGAUACUCUAAGCUCCUACCAGAAAAUCCGUCAUCUAACACUCCCAUCUUCCGAGGGCGACAAUACCAAUACCGAAUCCAAGGAAACUCCUGUGCCAGAGGUUCAUGAUCCAGAGGCACCGUCUGACGCAGAAAGAGACGUUUACGAAACACUUAAGGCCAGCCUUCUUGCUAUCAUUGGCAAUCUGCCACCUUAUGCCAUUGCGAAGCUCGAUGGCGAUCAACUAGCGGAACUGAACAUCAGCCAGAAGAUCUUGGUCGAAAAUUCGGACUACAGUGGGACUAUGGAGAGGGACGAUUUUACACUACAUCAAGAACGCAAUGCAGCAAUGGCUGCGGCAGCUGCGAACGCGAAUCGGACCUCAACGCCCUCUGCACCCCGACCUGGCGGCUACCAAGGGCCUCCCCCUGUGUACAACCAACGUGCUAUGUCUGCCAAUGCUCAAGUACCACCGCGACCAAAUUUCCCAACACCUCAACAUGGACGACAACCAUCCAAUGCUGGUAAUUUCACCCCCGGCUAUGCCGGCGGACGGCCGCCCAGCACACCUUCUCAACGACCUGUGUACAAUACCCCACAACAGUAUGCGCAAGGGAACCAGCAUUAUGGCCAAGCCAAUAAUGCACCCCAGUUCCAACGUCCUCCCUCCAAUGGCUUCGCACAAUCCCCUCAGCCCUACACACCCCGGCCCGGACAACCGGCUGGAUACAAUGCCACUCCGCAAACCCGCACUCCUUAUGCGAAUGCCGGCGCAGUUCCUACACCCCCGUACGCACGCGGAUCACCGUCACAGGGUCACUACUCGAACAGUGCAGCUGCUGCAAUCCACGCUCGCAGUGCUGCCGAACAGGCCGCCAGGACACAAUAUGCUGCUGCGCAACAGAGGCAGAGCUCCUCCACGCCACAGCCGCACGGCUUCGAGGCUCGUCAAUCUCAAGAGGGCAGCCUUACUCCGGGAAGCAAGCAGAAUGGCACUCCUGUCCCAUCAUGA